CGCAGCCUGGCAACCCUGCUGCUGUCAAAACCUCAUUGCAGAGCAUGCCAGUUGCUGCUGGAAGUUGAACACUGAAGUUACCGUCUUUGCACUUGACAGCAACAUAAUUGCAAGCAAAUCAUGGCAGGCAAGAGGGCGUUAGUGAUCCUGUCUAAAGGUGCAGAGGAGAUGGAAACUGUCAUUCCUGUGGACAUCAUGCGUAGAGCUGGGAUUGCAGUGACAGUUGCAGGACUUACGGGCACAGAGCCAGUCCAGUGCAGCAGAAAUGUCAUCAUCUGUCCAGAUGCCAGUCUCGAGGAGGCCAGCACACAGGGCCCGUACGAUGUGGUGCUUCUGCCAGGAGGAAUGCCAGGGGCCCAGAAUCUGGCAGAGUCUCCUGCUGUGAAGGAGGUGCUGAAGGAUCAAGACAGCAGAAAAGGACUAAUUGCAGCCAUCUGUGCAGGUCCCACUGCUCUUCUGGCUCAUGGCAUUGGGUACGGCAGCACAGUCACUACACAUCCUGCCAUGAAGGAGAAGAUGAUGGCAGGAGACCACUAUAAAUAUUCAGAGGCUCGAGUACAGAAGGAUGGACAUUACAUCACCAGCCGUGGGCCAGGAACCAGUUUUGAGUUUGCCCUGGCUGAUUGUAGAAGAACUUAUGGGGGCUGAGGUUGCAGCUCAAGUCAAGGCUCCUCUUGUUAUGAAAGACUGACUGUAACUGUGUUCACAUACAUCCUGCAUGCAAGCAACACUUGCCCACUACAGAAGUCUUGCGCUACUGAGACAGCUAAUCCAAUGUAGCUGGCACAAAGAGUCAAAGUCACUCGUGACAAAUCAUGCUCCCUAGGGGACAAAAGGAUGUUUCUGUUCUGACAGGUUAUUGUGUUCCUCUGUCUUUCUUGGUUGGCAAUAAAAGGCACCCAUUUGUUUUUCUAACAAAUACAUUCAACAUGGAUUCACAGGCUUUACAAAUGAUAUAAUGAUAGUUUUUCCUCAAAUUGCUCAUUAUUUUGACAGCAUUUAUUGUUUAAGUUGACAUUAAAACAUUAAUGUGA